AGGCUGGGUUGAGGCAUGAGCCGAAGGCCACGGGGCUGGGCCCGGUAGCGCGGCGUGGGACUGGCCUGGGGGCCCGCCGGGACGGCCGCCACGAUGAAGCUGCUGGUGGCCAAGAUCCUGUGCAUGGUGGGCGUGUUCUUCUUCAUGCUGCUCGGCUCGCUGCUGCCCGUGAAGGUCAUCGAGGCCGACUACGAGAAGGCCCACCGCUCCAAGAAGAUCCUGUCCCUGUGCAACGCCUUUGGCGGCGGCGUCUUCCUGGCCACGUGCUUCAACGCGCUCCUGCCGGCCGUGCGGGAUAAGCUGCAGAAAGUCCUGAGCCUCGGCCACAUCAGCACCGACUACCCGCUGGCCGAGACCGUCAUGCUGCUGGGCUUCUUCCUGACCGUCUUCCUGGAGCAGCUGGUGCUGACCUUCCGCAAGGAGAAGCCGUCCUUCAUCGACCUGGAGACCUUCAACGCGGGCUCGGACGCGGGCAGCGACUCGGAGUACGAGAGCCCCUUCAUGGGCACGGCGGGCGCCGCGGGCCGCGGCCACCCGCUCUACGCCGAGCCGGGCCCGCACGGCCACCACGGGCUGAGCGUGCAGGAGCUGUCGCGGGCCCGGCCCCUGCGCCUGCUCAGCCUGGCCUUCGCGCUGUCGGCCCACUCGGUCUUCGAGGGCCUGGCGCUGGGCCUGCAGGAGGAGGGCCAGAAGGUGGUGAGCCUCUUCGUGGGCGUGGCCGUGCACGAGACGCUGGUGGCCGUGGCCCUGGGCAUCAACAUGGCCCGCAGCACGCUGGCCCUGCGGGACGCGGCCAAGCUGGCCGUCACCGUGAGCGCCAUGAUCCCCCUGGGCAUCGGCCUGGGCCUGGGCAUCGAGAGCGCCCAGGGCGUGGCCAGCAGCGUGGCCUCCGUGCUCCUGCAGGGCCUGGCGGGGGGCACCUUCCUGUUCGUCACCUUCUUCGAGAUCCUGGCCAGGGAGCUGGAGGACAAGAGUGACCGGCUGCUCAAGGUGCUCUUCCUGGUGCUGGGCUACGCCGUGCUGGCCGCCAUGGUCUUCCUGAAGUGGUGACCCCCCGGCGGGGCGCCCUCCCCCCUCCCCCCACCCCUGCACCCCCCCGGCCACGCCUCUUCCCU